CUCGUCGCAGACAUGGCAUGGAAGAGCUGCACCAAUUUAACUCUAAAUGGUUUGCAAUGGCGCUUGCAGGUGUUGCAUUGGCGUGGGAUGAAGAGCGGCUUCUCACAUGCAUGGAAAAGUCGUUGGAUUGGUUUUCGACGGAGGAUAUCGCAGGAUCCUUGGUCGCCAAAUUGUCCGGGUAGUUAUCACGCACAUUAUGGGCAAGGGAUCCCUUGAACGGCUUGAACGGAAAGCCCACAGGCAGAAUUUUGUCUGACAUGCUCUGGUUGCUCGCGCAUCAACGAACAUGGCAGGCAGCCCUCGUCUCUGGCGUCAGCCCGCGCCCCCAAGUUCGGUUGACGCAAUGUGGCCAGGGUGGCUGGCAUGCAUUGCUGCGCAUUCAGGUGAGCCACCUAGGUGCCUCUAGACCAUCUCAGACUGGAAUGGCUUGUCGCGGACAGGAAGCGGCUGACGGCAGCGUUGCUGAGAAAUAGCGGUGGAGCUGUAAUUUGUAUCUGGACUGCCAGCUUCCCUCCUGCGCUGCUUCAUUCUUAUCUCCCCAGCUUCUUGCCUGUACUGAGUGGAACCCCACCUCCCGUGAUCGCAAAAGUCGCCGCUCAGACGUCAUCCACCAGGAACUGCAAUUCGAAGCUUUUCGCUCUCCACAAGGCGGGGACCCCCUCCUUGGCUUACCUCGACUGUCUCCCUCCCAGCGCGACUCUAGAGGACAGUUUUAGUUUUGUUUUGGGCGACGUUCGCGAGCUCAUCCCAACUCUUACUCCUUGAAUUCUUUUCCUCCCGCCACACUGCGCCCUCUCCUUACCACGUUUCUUGGACACUACUUCCCGACCACUGUCGCGCGAUGGCGCCGACCUUCCAAGUCCAAUGGAGCACCGUGCUUCUUGUUCUGGGCAUCAUGCUCGUCGUAAUGCCCGGCAAGGUGGCAGCGUUCGGUGCCGGAAACAUUCCUUCCAUCGCGCAGGUCGAGGGCCACAACUGGCGACACGGCGAUAUCGAGGAUGUGCUCCAAACGCUGUUCUUCCUCGGGGGCAAGAAGUGGAAAUCGAGGGAGAUCUCUCGCGUCUACUACGGCAACUGGCUGCGCGAUUACUCGCAGGCCGUCGACGUCGGCACUCUCAAAGGCGUCAACUCCGCGACCAUCCGCAUCCUCGUCUGGGUCCUGUCCUUCCUGUCCUUCGGCUACGCGACUGAGGAGUACGAGACCACUGAGGAGCGUCUGGGCGUCUAUCGUCCCGAGGAGCAUAUCGACAACCCGCUGGGCUAUGCCGACGACCUCGACGCUCGGAAGUUCGACCCUCGCCUACGGGGCCCCGUCGACCCCCGUGAGCUCGAGAUUGACCCGCGCACCGGCAUGAAGAACUACAUUGCCAACGAGAGCGGCGGUUGGGCAACCAGUGCUGGCUACCUCCGCUGGAGUUUCGCGCGCAGCAUCCACUUCGGUCGAGUCUACACCAGCGGCGCGCGAUCUGGCCGCGACGAGGACCUUUGCGAGGCCCUGAGGUGCCUGGGUCAGGCCCUGCACUGCAUGGAGGACUUCCCUGCGCACUCCAACUACACGGAGCUGGCCCUGCGGGAGUUGGGCCAUACCGACGUGUUCCCCCACUGUGGCACCCAGACCGAGAUUAACCUCAACGGCCGGAGGGUUUACCCUCUCGUGACUGGAACAUUCGGCGCGGUCGACUUUCUGCACUCGGUGAUUGGGGAGGCAACCGACCACUUCACCCAGUCCGAAGUCGACGAGAUGAACACGGCUCUGCAAAAUGCGCAACAGCUAACCAAGUCGGGUGGCGGUGGCCCAGGCGGGUCCACUGACCGCGGCCUCUUUGGCCCGUCGGGUGGCGGCGGCGGAGGCGGUUUUGUCUCGCUUAUCUCCCAGCUCCCUGGGGUUGGCGACGGGUUCGCCGCCGAGGCCCGAAACCUGCAGGCCGCCUCGGCGGCCCAGGAGAAGGAGAACCUCAGCCGGGAUUCUAAUAACCCUAACCAUGUGCCCGGCAUGAGUGAGAACUUCGAUCCCGUCAAGACGGCAGGCAGGAUAUACCCCAUCCUUCUGUUCCGUGACAAGAUUGUGCGGGCUAUCAGCAACACCAUCUCCAAGAUCCCAGGACUGGAGAAGCUGCUGGAGCACAUUGGCGAAACCUUGACGGCCUACAUCAUGGGAUUGCUGGCGCCCUUCGUUCAGCCCAUCAUCAAACAGGUGUCCAAAACGCUCAAGGAUGGCUCCUCUGGCGUCAUCACCGCUAGUGCAAACUCGCAGCUUGAGCCUUGGAAGGACCCCACGUGCUCGAACCCUACGCAUUCCAUGCUGAGCAAGGAUCAUUUCACAAACGUCCUUAAUUCCUGCGCUGGCCGUGUUGCGUCGACGAUCGUGCAAUACGUAGUGCCGCGUGUUGUCUUUGCCUGGGAGAACCCUAAUGUGCCGGUAGACGAGAUUUGCAAUGAUGUCCUCCGCGCUUUUCACCAUCCUGCCGCGCGAAACGAGCAGAUCGAAAUUCAGAAGCAGAUGUUCGAGACUGUCCGAAUUUGGCUCAACGAGUGGUCUCACAAGCAUGAGGUCAGCCGCCUCCUCUCGUCUGAGGCCGUCAAGGCAGGCCGCAACCACCUCCUUGUCAAUGGCCAACAGGCCAAAUCCGUCGACCGUGCUCAUGACCAUGGCGGUGGCGGCUUCCCCACCGCUGCUCUCGCCGAGAUGGGCGGUCACGGCAGGGUGUCGGGCUCGCUGUGGGCGCAAGUCAAAACACGCGACAUGAAUGCCAUGGGAGCGGGUCCUCAAACUCAAGGGACGCCCCAGCCUCAGCAACAGCCCCCGCCACAUGCUCCUUAUGGCCAAGGUCCCCCGUCCGGAUACGCCUAUAGCCAGGGCGGCCAGCCGCCUGCUCCGUCGCCUAGCUACGGCGCCUAUGGGCAGCAGCCCCCACCGCCACAACAGCCGCCUCCGCACCAAGGAGGUUACGCUCCGCAGGCGUACGGCCAGCAUCCGCCUCAACACAUGCAGCAGCACCAUCACCAGCCGCCGCCGCACCAGGCGUACCCGCCGGUUCAGCACCACCAGCCGCCUCAGCAACCCGUGUACUACCAGCAGCCGCCACCCCCGCAGCCUUAUGGCCAGCCAAUGUACGGAGGCCAGCCCCCGUACCAGCAACAACAGCCGCCUUACCAGCAACAACCCCCUCCUGGACAACCGGGCGGAUGGUCGGGAUACCCUGGCCAGUAUCGCUAGGUGCAAGAUGGAGGCAAAGCCAAUCCUAGCCAAGGCCAUGGUCCAGUUUAUCAUGAUUACCGCACAAGUGUGUUGCCCACAGACCCUCGUGCUACAAGUUUUCGCAGCCAUAGGCAUGCCGCUUAUCGGCGUGGGAUUCGGUCAGACGGACGAAAUGAUCAGAAUGCAUUUGCGCAUCAAUCCGUAUAUGGUCAUAAUAUUGCACUCGCUCAUCAAACCGCACGCAUUCAUCAGAGUGCAUUCGCGCAUCGGAACACAUUCGCGCAUCAGCACGCAUAUAGGGGUCUGUUGACAGCCACGACAGCGUAUUCCUCAACUUACCGGGACGCCGUCGCGCGAGACAUAAAGUCAGAGCCUCCCUAAUAAGCUCGGGUAAUGCUAGAGAAGGGACUGCUGCGUCCCGUGCCCGAGGAUCAUUCCUAGAUCAAAUAAUAGACGUGGCCUAGAGAUUCAGAACGAGAGUGAGCUUAUGAUUAAGGCUAGAUAAUGGCAAAACCAUAGUUUUGAGGAGACAGCACCUAUGAUUUGUAGCGAGAUAGUGUGUAGGCACAAUGGGCUUUUUAUCUGCGAAUUUGCUGCGAUUUUGGUCCGGAGGACAGGCACAAGCUUUAUUGUUUGGAAUUGACCAUGGUAGCCGGCUCUUGCGAGUUCUUUGGGCACUUGGCGGACAAAUCAUGAAUUAAUUGGCGAUUGCCUGCGACGGAUAAGGCGGACAUAACUCACCUCUGCGGCCCAGCCUAGACUAUUAUGCCGAGUUCAUCAUCUCCCGCUGCUCUCCCGCGAUCUUGGAAAACUCCG